AUGAAGGUAAGGACAUUCCUCACGCCGCAUUUGCGACUCGAUACCAAGAUCAUCUGCUCCACGCAGCAAUCCGCACAUCGUGGCUCGAUUGCUGGUCUGGCGAAUCCGCCCGAGCUGGUUGCCUUCGUAGGCCGACAGCGCACCACGACCAUCGACUUCUGCCUGGCUGUCUACAACGGCUUCUAUGCCGCGAUGGAUUGUGCUCGCAAGGUUGCCCUCUACACUGACGUCAUCGCCAACGACGAGAUGUGCUCGGACGGUUACGAGAUGAAGCUCGUCGACGAUGUUGUGUACGAGGUCGACGCUGCCAAGAUUGUCGUCUCGGACGGUGAUGUCGACAUUGGCGGCAACCCCUCUGCCGAGGAAGAGGCCGAGGCGCUCGAGAACGGUGCCGAGCAGGUCAUCAACAUUGUCCACUCGUUCCGCCUCCAGUCCACCUCGUUCGACAAGAAGUCCUACCUCGCCUACCUCAAGGGCUACAUGAAGUCGGUCAAGGCCAAGCUCGCCGAGACCAACCCGGACCGCAUCCCCGCCUUUGAGAAGGGCGCCGCCGCCUUUGCCAAGAAGAUCGUCGGCUCCUUCGGCGACUGGGAGUUCUUCACCGGCGAGUCCAUGGACCCCGAGGGCAUGGUUGCGCUCCUCAACUACCGCGAGGACGGCGUGACCCCUUACCUCGUCUUCUGGAAGGACGGCCUCCGCGAGACCAAGAUCUAA